GGUAUCUCUGCCAUCGAAUUCCGCUGUUCGGCGAAGGCUCAAAUACCGUUCCCUCACGUGACCAGUCAAUAUGAGAUCGUGCACUCGGGACGCGUAGUGGGGUUGAACCGCACGGAGAGGUCUAUGCACAGUUUUGAUUCGCUCAUCGCUGUGAGCCAAUCCUACCGCGAUGUUUUCAACCUUGGCUUCUUGCCUCAUUUCAGACUCGCUGAUCGGACAUGGAGGCGUAGUCACGAGUCCUAUCACUCCAUCCACGCGGACUUUAACUCAACACCGCAACUUAUCAAGUCUCUGUCUUGUGUGAACGUAGACGAUACUGAAGAACAGGAAGGAGGUGAACAAAUGUCUAUUUCUCAAAGGAUUGCCCAAAUCCAGGAGAACAGUGAGCAAUGGAAGAGACGGAGCCAGGUCCGCAUUGAGAACGAGGUCACACCCCUGAAGAGCGUCAACCAGAUCCGCAACGAUCUCGCUGUGAGUCAGCAGCAGUGGCGCAAACGCGUGGUCCCUCAGGAGAGCGAUACCGUCAAGCGGAUUUCCUGUAAUCCUCCACUCUCUUAA